AUGGGCUGGGCGAAUAUGGAAGUGGGCGAUCUAUUCGAGGACCUGGCAGAUGGAAAAAAACUGCUGAAACUUCUUGAGAUAUUAUCUGGUGAAAGACUUCCGAAGCCCAACAAUGGCCGAAUGAGGGUCCAAAUGAUCGAUAACUUGAACAUAUGCCUCAACUUCAUCAAACGAAAGGUUGCCGUGGGGAACAUAGAAGCGACGGAUAUUGUGGAUGGGAAACCAGCACUGAUACUAGGUCUUAUUUGGAGUAUCAUCUUUAGAUUUAAAAUAGAAGAGGUCCAGAUUGAAUUCGGGCAAAGGCCAAAGAGUGAGAAAGUCAACCUGUUUUGGGAAAUGAUGAGUCAGUUGGUCGUGGCCUUUGACCACGAUUAUUUUCUAAUCCAACUGGUCAAUCAUCCUCCAAAUUAG